GCAGGCGCACUUUCCCGUGGCGGUGGCCGGGCUGCUCUUUGUGGCGAUGCUGUCCUUUUGUAGAAGAUUCAUGGUGCUCUCUCGCCUAUCGGCCGCUGUCCCCGAGCCCCAGAAGCAGAACUCGCACCUAGGGGCCUGACCUGCGGUCCAGGAGGCUGCAGAGCUGCCCACUCCAGGGAGCGCUGCCGAGGGGCGCCAUGGAGACCCCGGCCCUGAAGCCCAAGGAGACAGCUCUUUUGGCUCAGGACUCUGCUCUUUUCCCCAAAGAGAAUCCAGAGAAUAAGUCAAUUUGGGACCUCCUGGAAGUCAGAUCUGAGGAAUCAGUGACAUUCAAGGAUGUGGCUGUGGACUUUACCCAGGAAGAGUGGGGUCAACUGGACUCCCCUCAGAGGGCCUUGUACCGGGAUGUGAUGCUGGAGAACUACCAGAACCUUGUUGCCUUGGGGCCUCCGGUCUGCAAGCCGGAUGUGAUCUCCCAUUUGGAACGAGGAGAGGAGCCAUGGCGAGUGUACAGGGAAGGCUGUGGAGGAUCUUGUUCAGAGUGGGGGUCUGUGCCUGAGGUGAAGGAGCAGCUUCUACAGCAGGGAUUUUGCAAAGAACCACCACUCCAGGAGGCAGUCACAGAGCAGUGGAGGAGGCCCAGCGUUCACAAUACCAGUCGGGGUACAGCAUGGGAGGCCCCGGCAGUAGUGUGGAGAAACCAGGCUGUGCAGUGGGAGCAAGUGCCUGCCACCCUUGGGGACAUCUCCACAGAGCAGAGCUACUGGGGACGCAGUGACUCCACAGAGGGCUCCCCCUUCCACUGCUCUCUGUUCGCCCAGCAGAGUGCCCCUUCAGAAGGACACUCUCCUGCCAGGCGUACCACGGACAUCCAGUCCACUGGGAUGGUCACCAGAGACCAGCAGAGAACUUCAAGUUCCUGCCCGGGAGACAGGUCCUUCAAGUCCAGGCCGCGUGGGGCGGGCACUGGGGAGGGUGUCUUUGUGUGCGGUGAGUGCGGGAAGACUUUCCCACAGAGCGCGUCCUUAGCCCUGCACCGGCGCUGGCACGGCCGCUCCAAGUCCUACAAGUGCCGCGAGUGCGGCAAGGCCUUCACCUGGAGCACCAACCUCAUCGAGCACCAACGCAUCCACACGGGCGAAAAGCCCUUCUUCUGCAGCGAGUGCGGGAAGGCGUUUAGCUGCCACUCGUCCCUCAACGUGCACCAGCGCAUCCACACGGGCGAGCGGCCCUACAAAUGCAGCGCCUGUGAGAAGGCCUUCAGCUGCAGCUCACUGCUCAACAUGCACCUGCGGGUACACACGGGCGAGAAGCCCUACAAGUGCAGUGAGUGCGGCAAGGCCUUCAACCAGCGCACGCACCUCACCCGCCACCACCGCAUCCACACUGGCGAGAAGCCCUACAAAUGUGGCGCAUGUGGCAAGGCCUUCACCUGCCACUCAUCCCUCACCGUGCACGAGAAGAUCCACAACGGGGACAAGCCUUUCAAAUGCACCGAGUGCGAGAAGGCCUUCAACAACCGCUCGCGCCUCACUCUGCACCAGAGGAUCCAUACCGGUGAGAAGCCCUUCAAGUGCACGGACUGUGGGAAAGGCUUCAGCUGCCAUUCGUACCUCAUCGUGCACCAGCGUAUCCACAGCGGGGAGAAGCCCUUCAAGUGCAACGAGUGCGGGAAGGCCUUCAGCUCGCACUCCUACCUUAUCGUGCACCAGCGCAUCCACACCGGGGAGAAGCCCUUCGACUGCAGCAAGUGCUGGAAGGCCUUCAGCUGCCACUCGUCCCUCAUCGUGCACCAGCGCAUCCAUACCGGGGAGAAGCCCUAUAAAUGUCAUGAGUGUGGCAAAGCCUUCAGCCAGAACCACUGUCUGAUUAAACAUCAGAAGGUUCAUUCUGGGGAGAAAUCUUUGAAGUGUGACAAAUGUGGAGAAAUGUUCAGCUGGAGCUCGCACCUCCUGGAGCACCAGAGACUGCUGCAUGGUGAAGAGAAGCCCUUUGCCAUCCAGUUCAACAGACACUUGCUGAGCACCUACUACAUGCCCGGCAGUCUGUUGGGUGCAGGGGACUCAGGGGUGGGCGACAUGGACCCAAUAAAUGCAUUAGACAUGGCAAAGCUUUUGUGUGUGGUGCAGCCCCCACCUAGCAGGAAUUUCCCUCUGGGGACCAAACCUGACAGUUAGGGUGCGGGGCUGUUUCUUCCUCAGCUACCCAACAAGUGAGGCACGAUAACCUCUCCUGGGCUCCUAGAACCGGACCACCUGUUCUUCCAGAUGCCAGAGCCUUGCACGUGACCCUGCUCAGAUCCUCCAGCCAGGACAUCUAGUGUGAGAGCUCCCCAGGAUGGGACACACUUCAGGAGAAGGGCCUUGAGACCAUUUGAGGACAUCCUGUCAUCCUUGAUGGGGCUGGAGGUCCUUGACAAGGGGCAUCUUGCCUGCAGAUAAGAAGUUGGGGCAGUUGUUGGGUCCUGGGAUGGGCUCCUGCCUGGUUUCCAUCAGGAAUCUCUUCUAUAAACUGUUAAUGUUUUAAAAUAAUAUAAUAAUAAUAAACAGAAGAAUUAGAGUUCUUA